AGUAGGCAGUGAAAAUAGUGAAAAAGCGCUUGCGUAAUAAAUGUUCUAAUGUUUCGUUGUAGAUCUAAAAUUUUGCCAAUGUUCGCUUGAAGUAACAAAAAAUUUAAUUUAUUGAAAAAAAUUAUUGUUUCUUUGAGUGCAAAGCUUUUAAAAUAUUGUGAUAAUGGCAGACCAGCAGCAAUUUUUCUUGAAAUGGAAUGAUUUCCAAAGUAAUAUGGUAACCUCAUUUCGACAUUUGAGGGAUGAAAAAAGUUUUACUGAUGUUACCUUAGCAUGUGAGGGUCAGACUUGUAAGGCUCAUAAAAUGGUUUUAUCGGCAUGUAGUCCUUAUUUCAAGAGUUUACUAGAGGAAAAUCCAUCCAAACAUCCCAUCAUAAUACUCAAAGAUGUAGCAUACAGUCAUUUGCAGGCAAUCCUUGAAUUCAUGUAUGCUGGUGAGGUUAAUGUUAGUCAAGAGCAACUACCUGCAUUCUUGAAGACGGCAGACAGGCUUAAAGUGAAAGGGCUUGCUGAAAGUUCAACGGGCAGUGGUGUUAGGGAAUAGUUGUGCAAAUUGUAUGGAUAUUAUUGUCAGGCUGUAUUUAUUUCUGACAUCAUCAAAAUAUCGAUAAACAGUUCAAUUAUCAGCUUUGUGGACAUUGAUAUCUCUGUUAAUUUGAAGCUGAUAAUAUUUUUGAGAUGUCUUGUUUUGGUUUUCCAUAGAUAUAUAUUAACUCUUGUUCUAGUUACCUCACAGUGAACACCCAAAGACUCAACCUGAACCACUUUGUGAUUGUUUUGUUGUUUUCUGUAUAUACCCAGAAUAAUAUGCUACAACUUUUUUCAUUGAGGAUACCAGCUUCUUAUCAGAACCCUCAUAAAUUCAAUGUUAUUCUCGACCUUAUUUUCAUUUUCCAUGUUACUACAGCUUUAAAAUUGGGGACUGCUAACAUUUGAAGGAAUAUUCAGUUUCAUCAACCACUGAUUCCAUGCAUUACAAUUUAAUGACUAGGAAAUUUUCAAUUUCUACAAUUUUCUCAAGUUCUUUGUUUCAAACCAAUGUAUAUCUAUGGUAAAUUAUAUUUUUUGAUAUAUUUGCAUUUCUAAAUUUUCAGUAGUGUUGUUACCUUAAGUACUUGGCUGAUGGCAAAAAAAGGACUGUAGUGAAAAAACAAUUAUAUUUCUACGAGAUUUAAUCCUAUAGAGUAAGUUUUUUUAAAGGUUUAUUUCGAUUUUAUAGUUUUAUACUGUAAAGUUUUUCUUUUGAUUCCAUCGAGUGUCUCAAUUGUCAAAGUAUUUUUGAUAGACCAAGUCUGAUUUACAAGAUGUUGCAUAUAUUGUUUUAUUUUUAUUUUCAAAAUAUCGAGUACUUGGAAUAUUUUGGAAAUUCAUAGAGCUUAAUUUCUUCUCACUUCUUUCUUAUUGUAUUUCAAUUUUGCUAUGUGCAAUUAGGAAUUUUCCAUGAUCUUCUGAGUACUCAUUAAAUCAUCUUAUUGAAGAAAUCAUGAACUAAUGUUAAGCACAUGAUAAUUUGAUUUUUAUGACAUGUAAUUGAAGUUAUUAAAGUGGGAUAUUUAAAGUUUA